AUGGCUAUCUCGAAAGUUUACGCUAGGUCUGUCUACGACUCCCGUGGUAACCCAACUGUCGAAGUUGAAUUGACCACCGACAAGGGCUGUUUCAGAGCCAUUGUUCCAUCUGGUGCCUCCACCGGUAUCCACGAAGCUUUGGAAAUGAGAGACGGUGACAAGUCCAAGUGGAUGGGUAAGGGUGUUCUAAACGCCGUUAACAACGUCAACUCUGUCAUUGCUCCAGCUUUGGUCAAGGCUAACGUCGACGUCAAGGACCAAAAGGCUGUUGACGACUUCUUGUUGAAGUUGGACGGUACUGCCAACAAGUCCAAGUUGGGUGCCAACGCCAUCUUGGGUGUUUCUCUAGCUGCUGCCAGAGCCGCCGCUGCCGAGAAGAACGUCCCAUUGUACCAACAUUUGGCCGACUUGUCUUCUGCUAAGACUAGCCCAUACGUUCUACCAGUUCCAUUCUUGAACGUUUUGAACGGUGGUUCCCACGCCGGUGGUGCUCUAGCUUUGCAAGAGUUCAUGAUUGCUCCAACUGGUGCCAAGACCUUCGCCGAAGCUUUGAGAAUCGGUUCCGAAGUCUACCACAACUUGAAGUCUUUGACCAAGAAGAGAUACGGUGCUUCUGCCGGUAACGUCGGUGACGAAGGUGGUGUUGCUCCAAACAUUCAAACUGCCGAAGAAGCUUUGGACUUGAUCGUUGACGCCAUCAAGGCCGCUGGCCACGACGGUAAGGUCGAAAUCGGUUUGGACUGUGCCUCCUCCGAAUUCUUCAAGGACGGUAAGUACGACUUGGACUUCAAGAACCCAGAAUCCGACCCAUCCAAGUGGUUGACUGGUCCUCAGCUAGGUGACCUAUACCACUCCUUGAUGAAGAAGUACCCAAUCAUCUCCAUCGAAGAUCCAUUUGCCGAAGAUGACUGGGAAGCCUGGUCUCACUUCUACAAGACCGCUGGUAUCCAGAUUGUCGCCGAUGACUUGACUGUCACCAACCCAGUCAGAAUUGCCACUGCCAUCGAAAAGAAGGCCGCCAACUGUUUGUUGUUGAAGGUUAACCAAAUCGGUACCUUGUCUGAAUCCAUCAAGGCCGCUCAAGACUCCUUCGCCGCCGACUGGGGUGUGAUGGUUUCCCACAGAUCUGGUGAAACCGAAGAUGUCUUCAUCGCUGACUUGGUUGUCGGUUUGAGAACUGGUCAAAUCAAGACCGGUGCUCCAGCCAGAUCCGAGAGAUUGGCCAAGUUGAACCAAAUCUUGAGAAUCGAAGAGGAAUUGGGUGACAAGGCCAUCUACGCCGGUGCCAAGUUCCAACACGGUGACAAGUUGUAA